AUGGAUGUCCAACUUAAGCCUCACCCUUUGUGGCUUCCUGGAUUUGGCAUCAAAUUGAAUCACGCAGCAUCAUGGAGGGCAACUCUUGCUAAAGGCUAUGUCACGAAUACGCCAAAGAAGUCGAGUGGGCCUAGUAUAUUCCCGUCUUUAUUAGACCUACGGACCUCCGAAGGAGAUCACGUUAAGCAACGCUUUACCCCUAUUCGAGAGUUCGCAAUGCUUCAGAUCAUGAACACUAUAACUGACAAGCCUGGUUGGGAAAAGAAGAUAUUUUCUUUAGACACCACCAACAAAUGGAGAGAGGAGGCGAUGGCGCAUAGGGAUAUAGAUGUGUCAGAUAAAAUGAUGGAUUGGGUCAUCGAUGAGCUGCAAUUCAAAGCAGAGCACUUUGAAAGGAGCGGGCAAGUCUUAGUCUAUGACGCGGGUGUUGUGAAGUCAGAUACUGCAGUCUCAGAGUCUCUCCGGAACACGCUCAAAGCCGCUGCUGCCCACUUAGAAGAUAUUCCAGAUAACGAAAAGGAUUACCAUCCAUUUUCAGACAACCAGGUCCUUGACCUAGUGCAUCCCUCGUUGUUUCCGGUGGUUUAUGGGCAGACUCGUAUUAUCACAGAUGGCGUUCUAGGAAUUCACGAAGGUAUCGCUAGAGCAGGAUGUGGCGAAAUUCUUAAAAUCCCAUCGGAGGAAGAGCUUAAAGCUUUGUCAAUUUUGGGUGGAUGGCAUGGCCACCUACUAAAUCCUUACAGCCAGAAAUUCCAGUGGCUUCCCUGUGACGUGGAAUUCACUCGAAAUUCAACACCAUCGGACGCUAACGAAAAUGGCCAAAAUCUCAAUAGGUGCAAGAUCACUAGCUAUAUAAACAAUUUGCACCCAAAGAGGCACCAAGAGUUAUAUAGAGUGAUCGAGCAGGUUAUCUCUUGUGCUGUUCCAUUGUGGAAUAACACACUACGGUACACGAAGGCCGAAAACUAUGUGCGAAUACCAUACGAUUCCUGCGAAAUGGAUGUUGAUCACGAUUUUGUAACAGCUGUUCCAAAACCUGAACGGGAAUCCUACGACAAUGAAUAUGAUUAUUACGACCGUCUAAGUGAAUGGGAAGAACAGGCUCAAAAACCUAGACUCCCUGAGCCAAACGCUGAAUUCUCUCCUCCAAACGAAGAUAUUCUCGUUAACCUGCAGCGGGAUUAUGGAAGCACUGGUCUGCAAGUUAUUGUAAAGCUUGCCAACAUCCAUCUUACCCCGGAACAGCCCAAAUACCAUGGCGGUACAUGGCAUGUUGAAGGGCAGUCAAAUGAACACAUAUGCGCUACCGCGCUAUAUUACUAUGACAGCGACAACAUCACAGAAAGCCGCCUUGCCUUCCGCCAGUUAUGCGAGGUGGAAGACGGCCAAGGGAUACAGUACGAGCAAAACCGGCACGAGUGGCUAUCUGCCGUGUUCGGAUGCGAGAACGGCGGCCCCGCUAUCCAGGAGAUCGGCGACGUAGUUUGCAAACAAGGCCGACUCUUAACAUUCCCCAACAUCCUCCAGCACCGCGUUUCGCCAUUCGAGCUCGAAGACCCUUCCAAGCCCGGCCACCGGAAAAUCCUUGCGCUGUUCCUGGUCGACCCCAAUAUCCGCAUCAUCUCCUCUGCCAACGUUCCGUGCCAGAGGCGCGAUUGGUGGGAGGAACAGGUGCCUUGGGAACACGUCACGGGCCGGCUCCCUCCUGAGCUAUCCGGUGAAGUUUUGUCUCAUCUGGACGACUAUCUGAUGUCGAUGGAGGAUGCGGCGGCGCUGCGGUUAGAACUUAUGGAGGAAAGGAAGGCGGUUGUUGAAGAGCAGCGCGAGGCGAUGGAAUAUAUGGAAUUUUCGUUAUGCGAACAUUAAUCAAGACCAGCCACUUUUGUUUUUGAAACUAAGAAAGAGGAAGACAGUGAAGAAAGGGGGAAUAUGUAGCUAGGAAUGAAAAGAGUGUAUCACAUGAAACUAAAUAUCAAAAAACAAAAAGUUGGGGAGGGGCCAGCAGGGUGCGAGGGAAGGAAAAGCGAGAUGGAGGUAGUGAGUUCCAGACAAGUUCCUGGCGGAAGCAUAAAGCUUUCCCGGUCUAUGAAAUAUGUGAAUACACAGUCUCACGCAUGAGGAUUGGCAACGAAGUUCUUAUUAACAUUUG